AUCGAUUAUGGCACUAGAAGUGAAGGUGUUACAGACGAUUCUCAAGCAUUUUUGAAGGCAUGGAAUGCUGCAUGUAGUUCAGCAGUUGAGCAUCCAAGGGUGAUAAUCCCUCAAAAAACCUUUUUCGUAAAUCCAAUCAAGUUUCGCGGUCCAUGCAAGGCGACGAAAAUCACUUUUACAAUUUUGGGCACGAUUAUCGCCCCAAACUGGCCUAUCGCGUGGGAUGGGCUCGACUCAAGUCAAUGGCUAGCAUUCGACAAUGUGAAUGGUCUAAAUGUUGAUGGAUUUGGCACAAUUGAUGGACAAGGCAAGGGAUGGUGGGAUCAGUCUUGUAGAUAUCAUUCACAACUGGAACAGUGCACAACAUUGGCUCCAACAGCUUUAAAGUUUCUUUCGUGCAAUGGGAGCAGUUUGAGUAACACGAACUUCAUUAACAGCCCUCAGACGCAUGUACUCAUUAAGGGAUGCAAUGAGUUCGAGGUUAACAACGUCGUAAUAGAGUCUCCGAGAAAUAGCCCUAAUACUGAUGGAAUCCAUAUUCACUCGUCUCACAAUUUACAAAUCACCAAUUCAAAAAUUGGAAGCGGUGAUGAUUGCAUUUCUAUUGGUGAUUACGUUUCAAACGUUGAAAUAAGUAAUAUUAUGUGUGGACCUGGUCAUGGUAUUAGUAUUGGAAGCCUAGGAAGAGGAGGGACUUAUGUCAAGGUGGAGAAGAUUCACAUAAGUAACGCCCAAUUCGAAGGAACUACAAAUGGAGCACGAAUCAAAACUUGGCAGAUUGGAAAAGGAUACGUUCGAAAUGUGACCUUUGAGAAUCUUAUAUUCAUGUCCGUGAAGAAUCCUAUAAUCAUCGACCAGAAUUACUGUGUUCCCCGAGGAUCAUGCAAACAACGGGAAACUGGAGUUCGAAUAAGUGAUGUAACUUACAAGAAUAUGUAUGGAACAUCGAGCACAAAGAUAGCCAUUAAUUUAAAUUGCAGUCAGUCAGUGCCAUGUUCUGGAAUAUUUAUGCAGUCAAUACAGUUAGAAUCUGCCCACGCUGGGAAACAAGUCGCAGCAAACUGCAAUAGCGCUUUUGGUGAAGAAGAGAACGUUUUCCCAGGUCCUUGUCUGUCAAAAAGCAAGCCUUUGAUCAAUUGAUUAUUAAUUUUUAUUUUUACUUUCUAUAGAGGAGUUUUUAGAAGAAAGUUACCUUCAUUUUUAUUUGAAAGUAAAUUUUAAAAGAAUUUUUGUUCGAAAAAGUUGAAUUAAACCAUGUG